UGGCAAAUUUGACUUGAUUUUUUAAUAUUUGUGUUUUUUUCAGAUUUUGAUUAAUAUUCUUUUCGUUUAUUCUAUAUUAUGUUCUUUCUGUUUAGUUUAUUACAUUCUUUUUUAUUUUUUGCAUUUUGUUUUAGUGAUUUUGCGUUUUGGUGCAUGUGCACAUUGAUCUAUGUGCAGCCGAGCACCAUCCGGGCGUUGAAAUUUUUACCCCAAAAGUCAAAACCCUCAGCUCCCAUCAUCAUCAAAAUGGUAAAUCGCGCGGAUUUCAAAUCCGUCCUCCCAUUUCUCCCGCCAUUGAAGUCCCUAACUUCCGGCUCACUAGCAUGGCCAAACCCUCAGGUCACAGCUGCCCUUGAACUAGUUUCUCAGGGGCCGAGUCGCAGCCGUGUCGACUCCGGCGAACGGCUCUACGCUGCGAUUUCUAGGGUUCGGGGUUCUCUUCCUUUGUCUGCUAAGGAUCGUCUCGCGAAAUCUACUGACAAGGGUUUUGCGAAGCUGUUUGAUGAAUUGCUGCCCAAGGAAGAAUCUCGGCGAUGGCUGGAAAAUGUCGCUCCCAAAAUGGCGGAUUUGGUGUUGCGAUUGCCGGCGCUUUUGGAGUCGCAUUAUCGGGAUUGUGAUAAUGUUGUUCCUGGGGUUUCAACCGGGCUUCGGUUGUUGGAACCCCAGCAAUCUGGAAUCGUGUUUCUCAGUCAGGAGCUUAUUGCUGCUUUACUGUCAUGUUCCUUCUUUUGCUUGUUUCCGACUGUUAAUAGAAAGGCCAAAUGCAUGAGGGCGAUCAACAUGGAUCAAAUAUUUUCGAGUCUUCAUGAUAGCUAUCAUACAAAACAAGAAAACAAAAUGAAGUGCAUUACACAUUAUUUUGAGAGGAUAUGCUCAUCAACACCUUCAAAUUUUGUUUCUUUUGAAAGGAAGGUUCUUUCUCUGGAGCAGAACCCAUCUGUUGUUCCUCUUCCCUCUCCUGAAUUUUGGGCUAACUCUGUGACUCCCCUGUGCAAGUUCAAGGUUUUUCCUACAGGCAAGAUAGAGCACCAUCCUCCAGGGGCUUCAGAAGUUGAUUUUGCAGAUGAAUUUAUAGGAGGACUUGUUCUGACCAAGGGGUGUGUCCAGGAGGAAAUCCGUUUCAUGAUGAAUCCUGAACUGAUUGCUUCCAUGCUUUUUAUGCCUUCUAUGUCAGAAAACGAGGCAAUAGAAAUGGUUGGUGCCGAAAGGUUCUCAAAUUACAGAGGGUACAACGCUUCAUUUCAAUAUACUGGUGAUUACAUUGAUAGAAGGGGAGUAGACGCUUUGCAAAGGCGCAUGACGCGAGUUGUUGCAAUAGAUGCAUUGCGCAAGGCAGGAACAAAACAGUAUCAGAGCCAAUUUCUCUUGAGGGAGGUUAACAAGGCAUUCUGUGGCUUUUUGGAUCAUACUGAAUAUCUGCAGCAGCAGGUGCAUGAAAGUAAUGUUGGGGUUGCUACUGGAAACUGGGGCUGUGGUAUUUUUGGUGGAGAUGCACAACUUAAGUCAAUGAUACAGUGGGUUUCUGCAUCUCAGGCAUCCAUACCUUUUGUCUCAUACUAUACAUUUGGACUGGACAAAGUGCAGAAUUUGGAUCAGGUGGUUGAAUGGAUUGUAUCUCAGAAAUGGACUGUUGGAGACCUAUGGAAGAAGUUGGUUGAUUAUGGUGCCCAACGGGAAGGUAGAUCGAAGAUUGGUUUCUUUUCUUACCUAAUGCCUUCUCUAAAACAAGUUUCUGCCACCAGUUCCAAACGUAGUCGCAGUGGCAGUUCUGCUGAAGAGAAUUCUCGUGGCCGUGGCAGGAAAUGAAGUGUGGUGGAAAUAUACAAUUACCAAAUCGACCUCAUCAGAAUAUUUGAAUACCACUUUACAUAAUUAGGUGCAAUUUGUUUUGGUCGUAAAUAAUCUAUAUAAUAUACUAAAAGAGAGGAAAUCAAUGUGGUGAUGACAAAUGUCACUCAUUGAUUCGCCUCUCUUUUAGAUAUAAAAAUUAUUAAACAAAAAAAUUAUUUGUUAACUUUCACUUUAAAAAGUAUUUGAUUCUAUUUUCCUAAAAAAAGAUGUCACUCAAUACAUGGGGAAUAUUUUGUAAAAUCUUUUCUAUAUUUUGUUAACAAAUAUAACCAAUAUUAUUAUA